AUGUACAGUUUGCUUAAGCUCGACACAAGCAUCGGCAUGUAAUUUCAAAUAUUAAGCAUUAAAAUUUAGGGAGAAUACAAAUCUGAAGAAAUAUUCGUCAAGAAUUUCACGGAAGUAUGUGUUGGGACGCGCCAAAAUUUCGACAAGUGUGCAAGGUUGAAUAUCAUUCAUUUAGUUUCUGAGUUUCUGACUAUAUGAAAUGUAUCUUCCAUCACAUAUACACUGACCAUUAGAACAAUUGGCUAGAUACUAACUUUAACGUAAAACUCGCUCUGGAUUAGGAGCCACGCUUCGGCAUGAAUGGGCCGGCUCGACCGGAGUGAUACCACGGCCUCACAGAAAACCGACGUGAAGCAACGCUUGCGUUGUGUUUCGUCGUGUGAGUGAGGGUACCGGAGGCCCAAACCCUCCCUUUUCCGUUCCCUCUACCCCUCAACCCUUCCCUCCAAGGCCGGCAGCGCGCUUGUAGCCUCUCUGGUGUUACAGGUGUCCAUGGGCGACGGUAAUCACUUACCAUCAGGUGAUCCAAAGCAAGAGUAUGAAUGGAACAAUACUUAUCUGAUGAUAUCGAGAUCAUGCGCGGAGUUCGACAAGGCUGCAUACUACCACCGCUCGUGUUUAACAUAUACCUACGCUGAAAAUAUUUUUACUGGUGCACUCGAGAAUGCAACGAAAGGUAUCAUUGUAAAUGGGCGGUAUGCAGAUGACACCAUUCUGCUAGCUCAAAAUAUAGAUGGCUUACAGCAUAUGGUAACUCGUAUAGAAAAGAUUAGCAGUACUUAUGGUCUCACUGAAUGA